AUGUCCAACAGCAGCUCCAUGGCCCAGUUCCUCCUCCUGGCAGUCGCAGACAGGCAGGAGCUGCAGCUCCUGCACUUCUGGCUCUUCCUGGGCAUCUCUCUGGCUGCCCUCCUGGCCAACGGCCUCAUCCUCAGCGCCGUAGCCUGCGACCACCACCUGCACACCCCCAUGUACUUCCUCCUUCUCAACCUCUCCCUCACAGACCUGGGCUGCAUCUGCACCACUGUCCCCAAAGCCAUGCACAAUUCCCUCUGGAACACCACAACCAUCUCCUACAUGGGAUGUGCGGCUCAGGUCUUUUCCUUUAUGUUCCUCAUCACAGCAGAGUAUUUCCUCCUCACCAUCAUGUGCUACGACCGCUACGUUGCCAUCUGCAAACCCCUGCACUACGGGACCCUCCUGGGCAGCAGAGCUUGUGCCCACAUGGCAGCAGCUGCCUGGGCUACUGCGUUUCUCAUUGCUCUGCUGCACACAGCCAAUACAUUUUCCCUGCCCCUGGGCCAGGGCAAUGCCCUGGGCCAGUUCUUCUGUGAGGUUCCUCAGAUUCUCAAGCUCUCGUGCUCCAAAUCCUACCUCAGGGAACUUGGUCUUUUACUGGUUACUGCCUGUUUAGUGUUCGGUUGUUUUGUUUUCAUUGCUUUUUCCUAUGUGCAGAUCUUCAGGGCUGUGCUGAGGAUCCCCUCUCAGCAGGGACGGCACAAAGCCUUUUCCACCUGCCUCCCUCACCUGGCUGUGGUCUCCGUCUUUGUCAGCACUGCCACAUUUGCCUACCUGAAGCCCCCCUCCAUCUCCUCCCCAACACUGGAUCUGGCACUAUCAGUUCUGUACUCAGUGGUGCCUCCAGCACUGAACCCCCUCAUCUACAGCCUUAGGAACCAGGAGCUCAAGAAUGCCCUCAGAAAAAUGAUGACUGGAUGCUUUUCAGGAGCAAUAAAGUGCCUGUUUUCUGGUGUGUAGCAUUCAGAAUGGGACUCCUUCAUGGCCCAGCCUUCCUGUUCAGAUUUUUCGUGGAGGUCAUUGUGUUCUUCUUGCAAUAACUUUCUGUGCAAUUAAAUAUUAUUAUGCGUCUG